AUGCUCAAACUUGGAACACAGUUAGAAAAGAAAUCUGUGACAAUUAAAAUAUAUAAAUUUGACCUAAAGUACAUGGAGUGGUCAUUGAUCCCAAGCGAGGCAGAGUUUGUGGUUUCUGAAAAACCAUUUGCAAAUGGUGGUUUUCGUGAAGCAUAUAAAGCCACCAGCAUCACUGAGGGAUUUAAAGAUGAAACAUGGGUUGUCAAGAAAUACACAGAUCAUACCAGAGAAUUACUUAAAGAAAUGAAGCAAACUGAAGAGGAACAUGCACAGAAAUCUGUCCAGAUGCAUUACCUUGCAAGGAAUCUGGCUUGCCAACUGCGGGAAAAAGUGAAGAAAGAAAAUUUGGUGGAGUUUGGUGAAGUAUUUGAAUUUAACAAAGUUUUCAUGGGGAAGAUGACCUCUGGAGAAGUUGUCACUCUGGAGGAAUUCAUAAGUGGUGAAUUUGUAAAGUAUAUAAAUAACACUGGUGAUAGAUGUGAAAAUGACAACGUAAUUGCUGAUAAGGCAGAGGCCUUUUCCCACUUUACAUAUGUGAAGUCUGAAAAAAAGUUUAUAGUGUUGGAUGUUCAAGGCUCAGGGCAUACUUUAUAUGAUCCAGAAAUUGCAUCAGAGCAGCUGGUAGAUGAUAAUGGUAAUUACCAGUUUUGUAGUGGAAAUUUGUCCACAGUAGCAAUUGAGCGUUUUUUCAGAAACCACAAGUGCAACAAAUACUGUGUUUUGUUAAACUUAUGCAAAUGA